AUGAUUAAAAAACCAUAAUUGUUGAAUUUAUUAAAGUCAACCACUGAUAAAGUGGAAGAAGUCUCUUCUAAAUAAGAAAAGCCAUAAAGUGAAAAUUAAUUUGAUAUAUCUUAAAGUAAACUCUUUAAAAUUAUAAAGAAUUAUUGUAUGCUUUAGAAAAACCAACUAUCAAUACAAAAAAUGCAAAUAGCUGUAGAAAUAGUACUGGAAGAUUAUCAGCAUUUGAUUUUUUGAAUUCUAGUACAACAAAAGCAAAUGAAAAGAAAACUUUCUCAAUUACAUUAAAUUAUUUUAAAAAUGAAAAAAAUAACGUUGUAUUAGCGAGAAAGUCUACUAAUCUUUAUGGAUUCUCAAAAGUGUCAUCAAAGGUGAGAUGA